CAUUAGCAACGGCAAAUCCUUGAGGCGAAGCUGGCACCAAGAAGUUAUUUCAAUUAUUUCAUCAUGAAAUAAUAAUGCCUAACGAAAGAACGGGGUAUUUUACGUGGAUUGUGAGCUUCAAGCAAUCAUGCAACGAACGGUGGGCAAGAUUCAGAAAUCGACUCCGCCGACGAUUUUAUGCUCGGAGAGGUCAGAGAAUAGACCCAUCAACAAUUGUAAACGAGACUGGUACCAGAGACAUGGUUAUCAGUAAAAGUCCUAACAAGACAAACAAAGUGCUACCAGAAAACUUAGCAGCUCCAAAGACAACCGUGACAGAAUGUUCUGUAGAUGUAGGAAGUGUAUCAACUACAGGACUUGAUGACAGCUUUGAAAAACUAGUCGGAGAAUACGUGUCCGGUAUUAUAAUCAAAGCUGUAGACACUUUGAGGCUGGAGAGGUGGACCCCAAUGGGCAGCACAAAUGUAACUGUAGAUAAUUCUGCAGACAGAAUUUCUUUGUCGUCCAGUAUCGUUAGCCAAAUCGCCGACAUAGCGGUGGCAGAAAGCCUAUCUAAUAUUUUAUUAGACACAAACAUAAACCAGUCCGCCAUUCGCAAAACUAUCAAAGAAUUUAUGGUGCAGAAGUCUUUGGAAUUGUUGGCGGAGAAGUUUGCGGUCAACCUGCUGCCAGUGAAUGAUUGUUGAAAAGGAUGGCUACAAGACAAAGGGAGAUUACAAGGCAACUGUAUUUAGAUUAAGCCUUUUUUUUUUGUUAAUAUUGCGUAUGCAUUUUCAUCUGUUUUCUGUUUUAUGAGGUUCUGAAUUUUA